UGGACUUGAGCAAAACUUCGGCAUAUCUCGCAGUGGUGUGGCGGCGAGCUGAUUCACAACUUUGGGGAAGAAAUGGCCACAAGAAACCAGUAAAACAGGGGGCGGGAGGAUGUCUGUGGAGGUGGACUUGUUGCUGCAGGAGGCGAAGGAGAGCAUCGAGGCGGCGCAGAACUACCGCAGUGAACUCCAGCAGCGCCUGAAUGGUCUGAACCAGGCCCGCAAACAGGUCCGGGGCAGCUCAGGUCAGGCCCGCGAGACCCUCCGGCGGCACUUCACGGAGCUGCAGGCGGCUGCAGGACGGCUGCUGACGGAGCGGCUGAACGCCCUCUUGGCUGAGGUGGACGCCAUCGAGGCGCAGAGCGUAAAACCGCUCGAUGACUGCCAGAGCCUCAUCGAGCACGGGGUGGGCCAGGCCGACGACCUGCUCAGAGAGGGGGAAGCAGCUCUGCGGUGUGGUCUCGGGGAGAAGGAGGAUCAGCUGGGCAGUUUCACCAAGAAGGCCAUGCACAUCCAGCUGGACAGUCUCCCCGAGGUUCCAGCGCUGGUGGACGUGCCGUGUGUCUCGGCCCAGCUGGACGACUCCCUGCUGGGUCUGCUGAGAGAGCGCGUGUCCCGGCACGGCUCCGUCUCCUCGCACCCGCCCGCUCAGAUCGACGAGCUGCAGGAGAGGCCGGGAAGCAUCCUGGUGCGCUGGUGCAAGGUGGACGAGGACUUUGCAGCUGCAGAUUAUCGGCUGCAGUACCGGCGGUCCGGCAGCGGGGGGAGCCAGUACGAGGAUGCCUACAUCGGUCGAGACUGUGAGUUCCUGGUUCUCCACUUGGACCCUAACACGGAUUAUCUAUUCAGGGUCUGCGCCCGCGGGGAGGGUCGCACCGAGUGGAGCCCCUGGAGUGUCCCGCAGACCGGAUACACCACACUCACACCGCACGAGUGGAGUCCGGGUACUGAGGGCUACAUCCUGAGCAGCAGGAGAAACAUCGCUCUGCGGAAUGACUCCUCCCAGUCGCGCUGCCCCGCCCUCUACUCAAAUGCACCCACCUACUUCUGCGGCCAGACCCUCACCUUCAAGAUCUCUGCAGCAGGUCCCAUCGACCGGAGGGACAGCCUGGGAGUGUGUGUGGACAGCAGGAGGGAGGCGGAGUCAUUGCAGAGAGACCAGGCCGUCUGUAUUUCCACCAAUGGUGCCGUUUUCGUCAACGGUAAAGAGAUGACCAACCAGCUGCCGGCCGUCACCGUGGGCUCGUCCGUGACCUUCGACAUGGAGGUGGUGAACCUCUUCCCGAUCAGCAACAACAACCUGAGCGAGGGCGGAAACUUCAAGCUGAGGGUGACCAUCGGCUCGGGGAACAGGGAGGUGGUGUUCGACUGGCUGGUGGACCAGGCGGUGGACUGCCUCUUCUUCGGCUGCUCCUUCGUCCACUGCGGCUGGAAAGUGCUCGUGUUUUGAAGCCGAGGAUGGAAGUGCUGGAGUUCGGAGGGCGCUCGCACAGGCUCUGUUUUUUCUUCUUCUGUUGUUUCUACUUGCAUAUCCAGAAAAAAGGAACAUUUCUCCCAGGAGCCUUGAGACGGACUGUGAUGGCCUUGAUGUUUUAGGGAAUAGCUUGUUUUUGUCUCUGAGAUAGAUCCUAGUUUUAAAGAGCACAAUGUUUUCUUUAACCAGCUAAAGCAUUUAAAUCCUUCAUUUCACCACCACCAAACUCCAUUCACAGAAACAGCAAUUUUACUUAUUCAAACACAGGAGUUGCUGCUCUACCUACUGUGUGUUUUGUGCACUAUAUCAGACAAGAAUGAAACAAUCUGCUGGAGUAGUUCCUAAACUUUUGGUACCUGUUACUCGUUACGACAUCAAGAUAUGCAAAAGUAGAGCCCGGAUUUAAAAGAACCUUCUAGACGGCAUCAUCCCUCGUUUCACCACCACCAAACUACAUUCACAAAAACAGCAAUUUUACUUAUCAAAUCAUGGGAGUUGCUGCUCUACCUACUGUGUGUUUUGUGCACUAUAUCAGAUGAGAAUGAAGCAAUCUGCUGGAGUAGUUCCUAAACUGUUGGUACCUUUAACUCGUUAAUACGCCAAGAUAUGCAAAAAGUAGAGCCCAGAUUUUAAAGAUCUUCUAGACGGCAACAUAAUCCUUCGUUACAAAUAUAUCUGAUGCUUGUUUUUGCCUUUCUAAGGGCUCAAUUUGUCACUUUAGGAUCCAGACUUUAUUUGUAAAAAGUUAGAUCCUUACUUGAGCCAGAAGAAACUGUAAAUUGCUCUUUUCGGUGCCACCAAACCUCAUGUGCAAAAUCAGUGAUUUUGCACAUGAGGAGUUGCUUGUUUACUGUUUUCUUGAUCCAUAUGUUUCUUUCUGAUAUCCUGUGACUAAACAGCAAGCUCGGAUCCACUUGAAUAUGUUAAAAUAAAAAUUUAGACCCCAAAAUCUGUCAAACAAAUAUACCAAGGUUUAAACUUUUGAACUUUUCCUUUAUUCACCCUUUAUUUUUCCUGUAACCUGACUCAGCUAACACCUUCUUUUUCUUCUGAGCGUCUACAUUUAAGGGCUGAAGCUUGAAGCCUCUGUAGGGGGACAGUCUGAUUAUUGAUCCUGAAGUUUCCAGAGUCUUCCUGCGCCUGCUUUUGAGGCUGUCCGUUGUUUACAGAUUUGUUUCUUUUUGUUCUGUUGGUUUGAGGUCGGCUGCAACGUCUAAAUAGAAGAAAACACAGCCUGACGUGACACCCAGGGUUCAGUCUGCUACACCUUAGUCUUUUUAAAAUCUAAACAGAAACCAUUCACUGUGAAAGCCACGCCCUGUUUUGUCUUUGUCUUCGUUUAUACAAAUUUAAAGAGACAGUGACGCAAAAAAACACAACCCAGCCUGUGUUUUUUUUUCUGCUGCGUGCAUCUUUGGAACUCAUUUCUCAGAUCUUAAGAGAAACAGAACCAAGAACAUGAAAUGAGAAACUUCAGCUGAUCCAGAUUCCUGUCACCUUCAAAUUCAUCACGCUGUUACUUAGAUCAUGUUUAUUCAUUUGCUUUGACAAUCCUAACAGUAUUUAGAAAAGCUGCCGUUUCAGUUUACGGAUGAGAGUUUGAAUGUUUGAGUGAUAUUUAUAAAUCUUUAAUUUGCUGUUCAGCCUCGUUUGGUUCAGUUUGAACGUCUGAUUUAUCAAUUCUGUGACUCCUUCUGUGGUUUUUGUUAAAAAAAAAAGUUUAAAACUGUUUUUUUUUUACAUGAAACAAGAAAAUUAAAGCCUCUAUGUGGUGGAACUGGAGCUUCAGAUCACCUCAGAAAUCUCUUAGGGACCAUUAUUGAGUUUUAAUAACAACAUUUCGACCGACUGUAGACCGUUUUCAUGAUCCACUGACUGUAACACAUUUCAGAGAUACUGUAGAAACUUCUUCAUCCGACAAACUUCUCUCCUUCAUUCGUCUGACUGAGCGUCUUCAGGGACUGAUCUGAGGUCAGUGCGACUCUGGAGAGACCAGUCCAGUUGAUGGUACAGAUUUCCUGAAACCAGUGAACACAACAUGGCUGUCUUUUUUUUUUUUUUUUUUUUUGAGCCACAAGGAGGCGAAAGACUGAACAUCAUGGAGCAAACAGUGACACCUGCUGGUCAAACUUAUGAACUGAAUCCGAUCUUGAUGCUGUCUUCCGUUGUAGUUUGAUCAAUAAAUAAAGUUUUUAACUGAUUA